GUCUGAUCUAGUUGUGCUUAGACAAAUCUUUGCCCAUACUGGACAUCGUGAACUACUGAUGACUCUACACACUGGAUGAACUUUAAAGCAGAAGACCCUCAUUCUAAGGAGCAAGCAAUGUUGAGUCAUAUGCUACUAAAGGACAUCCUCAACUGGAGUCUCCUGCUUUUGCUUCUGUUUCUUCAUUUUUGCCUGGGCGAAGAAGAAAUCAUGGAGGUGAGCAGAAGAGAUAAUAAUCCAGUGGCCAAAGUUUUGGAGAGCCACCACCAGACUGGUCAUAAAGGUUCCAGCAGCAGGGAAAACUUGAGACAGCGGAGCCAACUGUAUAAGUGGACGGUUGAGGCAGUUGAUGGUACUAGUCCUUCUACUGACCAAAAUGCCUUGAAACCAGAAGUAGAUGAUGUAGCACAGACUACUUCAGACAGAGUCCAGACAAUACAGAGUGGACCUCAAAGCCCACCAGAAUGUGGUUGCCGGGGAGAUUUUGGAUUUCGAGGUUAUCAAGGCCCACCUGGACUUCCAGGACCUGCUGGAAUCCCAGGAAACCAUGGGAACAAUGGAAAUAAUGGAUUACCUGGCACAGAAGGAUCGAAAGGUGACAAAGGAGACAAGGGGGACUUGGGACUCAGAGGUGAGCGAGGCCAUCAAGGACAUAAAGGAGAAAAAGGUUAUCCUGGCAUCCCGCCAGAGCUGCAGGUUGCAUUUAUGGCUUCAAUGGCAACCCACUUUAGUAAUCAGAACAGCGGAAUAAUCUUCAGUAGCGUGGAAACCAACAUUGGCAAUUUCUUUGAUGUAAUGACUGGACGAUUUGGCGCUCCAGUGAAUGGGGUUUAUUUCUUCAUCUUUAAUAUGAUGAAGCAUGAAGAUGUCGAAGACGUCUCUGUGUACUUGAUGCAUAAUGGCAACACAGUAUUCAGUUUAUACAGCUACGAAUCCAAGGGAAAAUCUGACUCGUCAAGCAAUAGCGCAGUGCUUAAACUUGCCAAAGGAGACGAAGUGUGGUUGCGGAUGGGCAACGGGGCACUGCAUGGAGAUCAUCAACGCUUUUCCACUUUUGCUGGGUUCCUUCUUUUCGAAACCAAAUAGGUUUACUCACUGGAAAUGAAGUACAAUAUUGCUAUUCGGUUUCCCUGCUCUUUGGAUUAGCAUGGGAACAUAGUAAAAUCCCAGGGUCUGUCUUGACACCAAUAUGCUGUGAACUAUGAAACAUGGUAAGAAGAGGUUAGGCCUGAAUUUAUAUAUGCCCUUUUAUGACAUUUUGCCUCCCACUGCACAUUCUUACCUUCUUGCUAAUGGAUACUGAAUAGUUACCAAAUGCCUAGUCCUAGUAAUUUAAUAGAGUGAUGAUUAUAGCCUCUUCUUUUUCCAUUUUCAACCAGCAAUUUUUAUAUGAUCUUGUGCUCUAAUGGAUAUUGCAUGUACAAACAUUCAGAUGGGAUAUCAUUGUAUCAACAAGUCAUAUGUGUUUGGAAGCUUCUGUAUUUUUAAAUGCAAAAAUAUAAAUUCAGGUAGUCUUUGACUUACAACCAUUCUUUUAGCGGCCGUUUGAAGUUACAACGGCAAUGAAAAAAAUGACAUAUAACCAGUCCUUGCACUUACAAGCGUGGCAUCACCCUCACAAUUACAUGAUCAAAAUUUGGGCACUAGGCAACCGUAUAUAUUUAUGACAAUUUGAGUGUCCUGGGGUCACAUAACCACCAUUUGCAACCUUCCCAGUCAGCUUCUGACAAGCAAAGUCAAUGAGUAGAAGCUGGAUUUGCUUAACAACCACAUGAUUUAACAACCAUUGCAAAACAAGUAAUAAAUUUGGGCACGACUCAUUUAACAACCACCUUGCUCAGCAACAGAAAUUCUGAUCCCAAUUAUGGUUGUAAGUUGAGGAUUACCUGUACAUACCCGUCUCCAUUCUGCAAUCAUAUUAUAACACGGGGAUAUACUUACACUAUAUAUGCAUAAAUAUAUCAAAAAACAGGGAAAUAACAUUUAGAAGGAGACCAGCUGCAUUUUUUCAGACAGCUUUAUGAAAAAAAGCAAACGCUUUCCAGAUGAAUCCAGUGAAUCUUGACUAUUG